AUGGGGGUGAAGCGGAGCCUUCAAAGUGGGGGCACCUUGCUGGGCUCCUUUGCCAACAUCCUCAUCAUUCUGUCCAUGGCCACCAACUACUGGAUCCGCUACUCUGGGGGCCACACUGGCCUGUGGCAGGAGUGUAGCAGGGGCACCUGCUCCAACAUCCCCUGCCAGACCAUGCCGGCGGUGACCGGGGCGUGCAUGGUGCUGGCGGCGGGCUGCAGCAUCGUGGGCUUGGUGAUGGGGCUGCGGAUUCUGUGCCAGGAGGGCGACUCGCGGGGCCGGACCACGAGUGCCAUCUUCUUCCUCUGCGGUCUGCUGCUGCUGAUCGCCAUGACAGGCUACACAGUGAAGAAUGCACGGAAAAACGACGUCUUCUUCUCCUGGUCCUAUUUUUCGGGGUGGCUGGCUUUACCCUUCUCUGUUCUCGCGGGCUUCUGCUUUCUGCUGGCGGACAUGAUCAUGCAGAGUACGGAUGCCAUCAGUGGAUUCCCCGUGUGCUUAUGA